UUCCCUAUCCUCACAUAUUCUCCUCUUUUACCGCCAAGGGCUCACAAUUCGAGGCACCUCCUCUCCCACUAUUCUCAUUCGCCGCCGCCGCCGAAAAUAUCUCCGGCAAUGGACGCCGCCGUAGCCUUCAAUCCCUCGUCUCUCCUCUCCAGACUCCCCUCCUUAAACCCUAACCGCUUACUCCCCUCUCAUCCCUCCUUCUAUAAACCUGUCCUCAUCAAAUCUAUACACACACCUAUACACACAACAGCUGCCUCUAAAUUCCCGUUCAAAACGACGUCGUUGUCGUGCUCCGCCGUCACGUCAUCUCCGCCGCCGCUCACCGAUCUCGCAAUCGACAAGCUCCACCGUCUCGCAUCGGAAUUCGAGUCGCUCGAGCCGAUUGAUCGGGUCAAAUUGCUGUUACAAUACUCCGCGUUGUUACAGCCGUUGGAUGAAUCGUCGAAAGUCGUUUCGAAUCGAGUCAUGGGAUGCACGUCACAGGUUUGGCUGGUGGCUGAAUUAGAUGAGGCUGGAAAAAUGAGAUUCAAGGCGGAUAGUGAUUCGGAGAUUAGCCGAGGGUUUUGUUCGUGUUUGGUUUCGAUUCUCGACGGGGCUGAUCCGGAGGAGGUUUUGAGUUUCAAGACCGAUGAUUUGGCGCCGUUGAGUCUGGCUUCUUUGCAGAAUUCUAGGGUUAAUACUUGGCAUAAUGUGUUGAUUAGUAUGCAGAAGAGGACUAAGGCUUUGGUUGCUGAGAGACAGGGGAAGAAGUUUGGGGAAUUGUUUCCGUCUCUCAUUGUUACGGACGAUGGUGUGCAAGCUAAAGGGAGCUAUGCUGAAGCCCAGGCGAAAUUUCUCUUCCCAGAGAACUCACAAGUUCAAGAACUGGCCAAUUUGCUCAAGGAGAGAAAAAUUGGUGUUGUUGCACACUUUUACAUGGACCCUGAAGUCCAAGGUGUUCUGACUGCUGCUCAGAGUCUAUGGCCUCACAUUUAUAUAUCCGACUCGUUGGUUAUGGCUGAUAUGGCUGUGAAAAUGGCAAAAGAAGGAUGCCAGUAUAUAACUGUUUUAGGUGUAGAUUUUAUGUCAGAAAAUGUGCGUGCGAUCCUCGAUCAGGCUGGAUUUCCAGAUGUUGGCGUGUACAGGAUGUCCGAAGAAAAAAUUAGUUGUUCUUUGGCUGACGCUGCUGCCAGUCCUGCGUAUAUGGAUUAUCUUGCAACCGCUCCAGUGUCAUCUCCCUCUUUGCAUGUUGUCUAUAUAAACACAUCACUGGAGACAAAAGCUCAUGCUCAUGAAUUAGUGCCAACCAUAACAUGUACUUCUUCAAAUGUUGUGCCAACCAUUUUGCAGGCUUUUGCGGAAGUACCAAACUUAACUGUACUGUAUGGUCCUGAUUCCUACAUGGGUGCAAAUAUUGCUGAGCUGUUUAGACAGAUGACUAUGAUGACUGAUGAAGAAAUUGCCGAGAUACAUCCUAAACACAAUAGGAAUUCUCUGAAGUCAUUACUUCCUCGUCUUCAUUAUUUUCAGGAUGGAACUUGCAUCGUACAUGAUAUUUUUGGCUCUGAAGUAGUGGAGAGGAUAAAGGAUAUGUAUUGUGAUGCAUUCUUAACGGCUCAUUUUGAAGUUCCUGGUGAAAUGUUUUCUCUUGCUAUGGAAGCAAAGAGAAGAGGAAUGGGGGUGGUGGGUUCGACCCAAAACAUAUUAGAUUUUAUCAAGCAGAAGUUACAAGAGGCUUUAGAUAGAAAUGUCAGCGACCAUCUUCAGUUCGUACUGGGAACAGAGUCGGGAAUGAUAACUGCAAUUGUUGCAUUAGUUCGCAAGAUGUUGUCCGUUAAUUCCUCUAGGGAAAACAAAGUUAGCGUUGAAAUCGUAUUUCCUGUCUCGUCAGAUUCUGUUACUAGAACAUCAUGCAGUUCACCUCAGGGUAUAAGUUUGACUGAAGUUGGAGAUUUUAUGAAAGUUCCAGUUAUACCCGGAGUAGCAAGUGGGGAAGGUUGUUCAAUAAAUGGAGGAUGUGCAUCCUGCCCUUACAUGAAGAUGAAUUCUCUAGCGUCACUACUUAAAGUUUGCCAGCACCUGCCAAAUGACAGUGAUAGACUUUCAGCUUAUGAGGCUAGACGGUUUAGUCUGUGCACCCCUAAUGGGAAAUUAAUUUCAGAUGUUGGUUGUGAGCCGAUACUGCAUAUGAGACAUUUUCAGGCAUCGAAAAAACUACCAGAGAAGCUCAUUAGUCAAAUACAUAACUGUUCAAAUGACGGAAAUCCAGCAUCAUCUAGCUAACACAAAUUGGAGCUCGUCUCGUGGCUAGUAAUGUGAUGCUGUGAUGCAUGAAAUUGCAGAAUUUCUCUCGGCUCUGUAUUGUGCAGGCCAAUGCCAUUUUUGCAUACAGGGGAUAUAUAAUUAUAGUGAUUUUUGCUUAGCAGGAAGAAUUCCAAUAUAUAAAUGUUUUGCACCUUUUGUUUUUUAAAUUUUGCUGAUCAAUGUACAAUCAUAGAAGAAUUGGAAUUGUUGUAUUGCUAUUUAAUAGAAGUGCAAGUGAAGGCAGCUGGGAAGAAAUGUCUUCUAUCAUUGUUACACAGAGUCUAAGACAAUCAACAAAAUCUGAAGGUCAUGGAAGUACGAUAUACAGUUUCGAUUCUUUAUUUAUUUUUAGUAGUAUUGUAUUUGUUGGCACUUGACUUUUAAGCGUUUUGGGUAUGGAAUGAAAAUUUAUUGGAAGUUGUGCUUCA